AUGGCUCCUUAUGAAGCUUUAUACGGGCGAAGAUGUAGGUCACCCAUAGGAUGGUUUGACGUUGGGGAAAAUCAGUUAGUAGGCCCAGACCUAAUACAACAAGCAGUUGAUAAAGUGAAAGCGAUCCAAGAAAGGUUGUUAGCGGCGCAAAGUCGACAGAAAUCCUAUGCAGAUAAUCGGCGUCGCAAGCUAGAGUUCGAGGUAGGAGAUUGGGUCUUUCUAAAGAUCUCACUAAUGAAGAGAUUGAUGAGAUUUGGAAAGAAAGUAUUCCAUGUGUUCAUGCUCCGUAAGUGCAUAGGAGAUCUCUCAAGAGUCGUGCCAGUGAAUGAUAUCCAGGUGACUGAGCAGUUAUCGUACGAGAAGGUCCCAGUGGCUAUAUUAGAUAGGCAGGUUCGUCGGCUACGAACUAAAGAUGUGGCCUCUGUUAAAGUACUCUGGAGAAGUAAUAAUGUCGAGGAAAUGAUGUGGGAAGUGGAGGAGGAGAAGAGGACCAAGUAUCCGCACUUGUUCCCGUCAUCCUGGGAGGUCCAGGUUGAGAAAUCAUAA